GAUGGGAAGGGACGGCAACUAUAGCUCAGUAUUGGUUGAGCCGAGAGGUGGAGCACAUGAGUUGGUCUCAUAUGAGGUGAUAGUUGAGUGUCUGUGACGUCAACAUUGAGUUUAUCAUAAGUUUAACUGCAAUUGAAUUGUGAAACCAGUGAACACUUACCGGUUAAGUGACAUAAAAACUCAUUGAAACCUAUUGUGGACUCAAUUGCGGACAACAUUUGCGUCAAAUCCAGUCAUAACUGUCUCUCCCAUUGACUCGCAUUUGAGGAAAACGAUUGACACAAACACUGAAUCUCUUAUCUUAUCUGUCGCUAAAUCUCGCCAUCAAUUGAAUUGAUCUGAAAGCACACGAAGACAUGUCCGCCGAUCAGCAAUUUCAAAAGGCCGCCGAAGACGUGAAGAAGUUGAAGGCAAAGCCGACGGACCAGGAAUUGCUUGAGAUCUACGCCCUCUUCAAACAGGCCUCUGAAGGCGACUGCAACACCGCCCGACCCGGACUCCUGGACCUAAAGGGAAAGGCCAAAUGGGACGCCUGGAACAGUAAGAAAGGUAUGUCGAAAGACGAGGCCAAGUCUGCGUACGUAAACCGGGUGAAGGGUUUGGUGGAGACCUACGGACAAUUUCAAAAGGCUGCCGAAGACGUGAAGAAGUUGAAGGCAAAGCCGACGGACCAGGAAUUGCUUGAGAUCUACGCCCUCUUCAAACAGGCCUCUGAAGGCGACUGCAACACCGCCCGACCCGGACUCCUGGACCUGAAGGGAAAGGCCAAAUGGGACGCCUGGAACAGUAAGAAAGGUAUGUCGAAAGACGAGGCCAAGUCUGCGUACGUAAACCGGGUGAAGGGUUUGGUGGAGACCUACGGAGUCUCAUAAAAGCGGUCAUUAAUCUAAUCGUUUGUUUUCUUGAUUUGAUACUAUUAUAUAAGGAUUUUUGGCAAUUUUAUAAUCAUUUCAAUAGUUAUAUAAAUAUUGAAUUUGAAAACAAUUUUUAUUUAUAAUGAAAUUUAAUUUAAUAGAAGAAAACUUAUUUUGAUUAAUAAAAGCAAUUUUACAAAAUA